AUGGUAUCAGAGCCAGGUUCCGAUCCUGGGACCUGUGGGUUAUGGGCCCACCACGCUUCUGCUGCGCACUUGACUCGGAUAGAAGUAGCUUACUCUCCUUGUGGCUAUCUUCUUUCUCAAUCUAAGUACAUUGCUGAUAUUCUCGAUCAAGCUCGUCUCUCUCAUGCUCGCAUUGCUGAUACCCCUCUUGAGCUUAAUGCCAGGUAUUCUUCAUCUGAAGGUGUUGCCUUGUCAGAUUCCUCUAUAUAUCGCACUCUGGUUGGUAGCUUAGUGUACCUUACUAUCACCAGGCCAGACAUCGCUUAUGCAGUUCACAUUGUCAGUCAGUUUGUUGCAACUCCCACUACCGUUCAUUGGGCAGCUGUGCUUCGUAUUCUUCGAUAUCUUCGGGGAACUCAAUUUCAGAGUCUGAUUUUUCCAUCUACGUCUACUUUAGAGUUACGUGCCUACUCAGAUGCAGAUUGGGGUGGAAAGGAGGCUAAAACAGGUGAUUGGGAGCUUUGGAUCAUGAAGAGGAACAAUUCUGGAAAGAGCAUGUUGCUGUACUCUUAA